UGAACACUGUUUUUGUCCAUUAGAACCCUGUAUUUGGUUAAAACGUAAAAUUAAUAUUUCUUGUUAAAAUUAAACUAAGGAAAAAUACUUUGAAGUGUUUUUUGAUAUAGUAUAAACACUGUUUACUUAAUUUGAGGUUUAACGGUGAAACUAAAUCCUAAACAUUUUAUAUGACUGACAACCUCACGAAAGUUGAACAAGAGAUUUCGCGUGUCAGAAGUUGAAAGUACCUAUAAUUUCAGCCUCUUGUGCUUCCGAGAAUCUUACUUCUUCUACCUGGAAGUAGGAAACAUAAGAAAGUAUCUCUGCCAGCAGUUCGAAAGCAAAAUUUGUCAGUUUUACUCCGUCUAGUAACCAAUGAUUAAUCACGAGUUCCUCCGCAGGUUUUUUUUUAUCCCUUUUAUAUCCUGGGAAUUUUUUUUUGUUCUCUGUUUAAAAGGGGGAGAUCACACGAAGCAAUUAAACGGUGAGUGGGAACUAGGUUGUGAAUGUUAAUUCCCGUUUCCACGAAUAAAGUUUAAAUAAAUCCGAUAUAAAGUUUACAACAGUUUGGAGCAGUGUGUACCUAUCGUGAACACGGAAUGGUGUAAUUACAUAUAAAAGUUAAAAUUGCAAAUAAAAAAAAUAUUAAAAAAAUAAAAAAAAUAUGUCAGAUCAAGGAGAAAUAAAAGAGGAAGCUGAUGGUGGAAAGUUAAUGCAUUCUUUUACAGAAGAAUGGGUGAAAAAACAUCGCCCGUUCCGCAACCCAAUAGCGUGCGGUAUGACAUCAGGGCGGGUCUUGAUAACUGUUUUAAUAGUGGCGUUGUUAGUAAUCUGUCUGGUUGUCAUUGUGGGCGUCAUGGUGUAUCAUCGUAUUACUUUAAAUUAUGAAUCUAACAUUGCCCAAAUCAAUAAUUUGAAAGCUGAAUAUGCAAGACUGCAGUACUCAGUCAAUCGCAAGAUAGCUUCAGCAAGAUCUGUUCAGACGACGAGAAAAACUCGACCGCCCAAAACCGCCUUAGCACAUAAACCCGUCAUAUUGUUGGAUUUAUGCGGAAAUGACGAGUUAAUUACUACGGAUCCUAAUCGUCCAAUCCACAACUGGAAGAAAAAAAUUCAUAAUGGUGAUAUUGAAUUCCAAAAGAAUUUUUUUAUUCGCAUCCAAACACCCGGAAUUUACCAGGUGCAAGUUCAAAUGUUUUUCUACAAAAACGAAGAAUAUUUUCGCAAAGCAAAUAUGAACAUCACAACAUUGGAUUUCCACAUCAAGAAGGGAAGAUCAACUGUAUUAGCAAGAAAAACGGUUCCAUUGACAGAGUGUAAGAAACAAUGUGUUAGAAGCAUCUCAAGAAUUUUCGUGUUGGAGAAGAAAGCUCAGUUGUCGAUACAAUCUGAUAUAAGCUGUCAAUUCAAAAUGUUGCACGCCGCAUCUCAUUUUACGGUGCACAAACUUUAAACUUUUAAAUAACAGAAAAUACUCCGCUUUCGGCCCAGUCGAGAAGAAGCUUGAUGCAAUUUGCCAUUUGUUGAUUGAAGAAAGUGGAUUGGUUAAAUCAAAUCAGUUAAUUCAACAAUCUGUAGCGGCAAGGAAGAAAGCGUAAACAAGGCAAGAUUAAAAGGUCGUUGGUAGCUACACCAUUUUAGAGAGGUGCACCCUGUUUAAAUACGUAAAAAUUAAAAAAAUUACAAAAUGGAAAGUCCAUUUAUUUGUAAAUUUACGCAUCGAUCCUUUUUAAAGCUGCAUGCAAAUCUUGAUUUAGUCCGUGCUUGCCCUUCGCAAGUUGUUAAGAACAUGCAAGAAUGCAAUUUUAACUUUUGUUUUGGGGGGGUCGUUUACUCACAAAUUGGUAGAAAGAAAUUGGCAAAUUAUCAGACAUUUGGAUAUAAAAUGUAUAUAAACACCCAAAUGCACAACCUCGUCCCCAGGGUUUUUUUGUUUUUUGUGUACAAAUAUAGAGAAAACUUUACAAACCCUGAAAACGAGGUUGACAAGUAUUUUAAAAUACACAUGUAAAUAUGCUGUAAUUAUAUAAAUAAGUAUAUUUGAGAAUGGUGCUAUAUUUUCGUUUUAUCUAAUUUUUAAAAUUUUAAUGAUAUGUUGAAUAUUUGUCAACGGAAGUUAAGCAGCGAAAGAAUAAUUGCACAUGUACAAAAUAAUUGUAUUCAUACAGAUCCGAGUCUACGUAAUUGACUUCGCAUCGGCGAAAAAGUGUUGUUUUUUAGUUUUUAAAAACAUUUAAAAAAUAUACGCCAAUUUUACACAAAUUUUAAUAUGAAUUAGUACUUGGAAUAAUUCAUUUUAAGGCACAGGCGAAAAAAGUAGGUAGGUGGACGUUGUAUCUAUAAAUCCAAACUUUUUUACAUUAGGGGCGUCCUCUGAAUAGCAGUAUGACGGAGGAUAGUAUUAUAAAUUUUUUAGUAUUAUAUUCGUUUUAGAAUUCGUUUUAAUUUUUGGAAAAAAAUAGUUCCUUGUCGAACUGUAAAUAGUUUGUUGUAAUGUAUGUUAUAUAUUGUUAUUUUUUUAAAUUUUCUAUUUUUUUCAAUUUUUAUACACUAUUUUUUAGUUUUAAUACGUUGUUUUGAUAUAAAAUGCGUUAUAUCAAAAAGUGCUUCACGCUCCUUAGUCACAGUAAUACCAGUCAACUCACUUUUUUUAUUUUUUUUUUAUUAAUAGAAAUGCACAACCAUUUUCUUCUUUCGCAUUUUUUUAAAUAAUUUUGUAUAUACAACAUUUUAUAUGUACAUUUUAUUUGAAUUUUUAAUUACUAAUUAAAUUUUACAAUCAUAAUUUAGUGUACAGACACAUUUAGUAUAUAUAUAUGUCUUAUAUAGCAUAUAGAAAUUGCACAUAUAUGAACAUGCACAUUUAUGUAUGUGUUAUGUAGCAUAUAGCGUACAUAUAUAACGUAUAGAAUUGCACGCGUCAAAUAUCUACAACAACUUUUCCGUUGCUCCUCUCUGAACAAAGUGGGAUGGCUGGUUCAAACACUUUGUUUCAGAAGACAAAUUAUUUGUUGUUUGUGCGUUACAUUGGCUGUGUUCAAGACCGUGUAUAUUUGUUUACUUUUUUUGAAAAAAUUUGUAUAUUUUAUUUUUAAAAGAAACACAAAAACAACAAAUUCCAA